AGCCGUCUCGUCUGGUAGUAAGCGAAUUUGCAUUUAUUGAUUUUCCUUUCUUAUUCAUCAAAGCGAAAAUAGCUAUCAAUUAUAUAGCGAAACUGGUUUUGUCGUUAGAAAAUUUCGUGAUUUGUGCAAUUGUGAAGUAAAGCAGAUUUACUUUGAUCCUAGUUCGACGUAAGAUAAAAGAAAACAGUAUAAGAGUGUUUCGAGUGGGGGCACCAAGUGUGUACGAGAGAAACGCAAUAACGCGAAACAAUCUUGAAGCGAAUUUUUCCAAUAAACUCGUUUGUGGAGUGUGUGUUGUUGUGCAAAACCAAAUGACUCACAAAAUGAAGCGAAGAGUUUCGAUACGAAUAGACCAAAAUAAGUUGAAGGUGGUCACGUUUUGCAUACUUUUGUAUGUGUCUAAUUUCUUGCCUGCGUUAGAAGCGCGAAAGACGAACAACAGUCGCAGCAAGAGCUCUUCUUCAAGCAGCGGACGUAUUUCAAAACCUGCAAAAACUCAGACAGCCCAGACUAGUUACAGUAAUCCUGGGUCGUUGAGUUACAACAAUUACCAGCAGAAACCAAAGCCGCAACCAUCAGCACCAGUAGACAACUCGGCCAAUUCUCGACCAAUUGGAUGGAACGUAAAUAAUAAUCCAGCGGCAAAGCCUGCUGCGCCUCCUCCAUAUCCAGCUCAGAAUGCACCGAAAGCUCCACCUUAUCCUGUUCAAAGUGCAGCUGGAGCGAAUAAACCACCAUAUCCAGUGCAACAACAACAUAACAUGCAUCAAACUCAUGGAGCACCGCCACCGCCGUAUUCUGUAAAUCAACACCAUGGAGCUCCGCCACCAUACUCGGCCGUUAACAACCCCAAUCUCAAUUCGCCAUUCAAUCAACCACCACCAAUGUACAGCGCCGGUAAUCAAGGUUUCAAACCAGGACAGCCAGGCGGUUUCGGCCAACCAGGAGGAUUUGGUCAACCGGGAGGAUUUGGACAGCCUGGUGGUUAUGCACAGCAUGGUAGCUUCGGACAAUCCGGUGGAUUUGGAGGUCAUCAACCCUCAUUUGGUGGAUUUCCAGCAGGCGGAACUGGAUACCAUGCUCCACAUGGUGGAUUCCAAGGUGGCGGUGUAGCUCCUGCUGUUAAUUAUGCACCUGCACCUAGUUUCCCGAUCAAUGCUAUCCCGGUUGGAGCAUACAAACCGCCGUCCUCUGGAAUAGGUCUUGGUGGUAUAGCAGCCGGUGUUGGUACAGGAUUGCUAGCUGGUGCGGCUGGUGCUGCCAUAUAUAAUGCCCUUAAACCGGAAGACCGUGUUAUCUAUCGCGAUCGUGUAACUGUAGUGAAUGCUAAUCCAGACAACAACAAUAACGCCGUACCGGUUGCAGCAGCUGCACCAGCUCCUGGAGCUCCCGCAGCACCGGCCGCCGCACCGGUAGCCCCUGCUAUGGCACCUGCUCCAGUCGCCGGUGAUUCCACAAAUCCACAAGUAGCUGCACCAGACGCCAAGGAUGGAGGUUUAGCAGGUGUUCCUAAUACUCCAGUGAUCAUGAACAAUAACUCGACGAGCGAGCAAUCGAACAGCACCACCGAAGCCUCUACCCCUACACCAUUAGCUCAAUAUAACGAAACAAGCCCCGCGCCGGUUCCGACAGGAAAACAGUAUUAUCCACCACCCGGCCAGUACUACCCAGCUACCGGGCAAUACGUGCCGCCAGGAGAAUACGAUCCAGCUACUGGAGUUUUUACCCCCGGUCGCUACAUUCCAGACACCAAUAUUUUCCAGCAGGGCCAGUACGAUCCUCUGUCACAAAUUUUUACACCUGGUAGUUACGAUCCAGCCACCGGGCAGUUUGUAUCAGAUCCCAACCAUGGACCAGUUAAUUUGGGAGCCCCUACUGGAUCCGAGGAUGCUGCCGUUCCUGUUACCAGUCAACCAUUGAAUCAGUCACCGCAUGAAACCAACGGAUCCAACAUGACACCAGCAGUUGCUAAAUCGUUCCUGCUCACAGCGCUACCGGCACUUCUGGCCGCCAUCUGUCGUUACUACUAAUUGCUAAUGCAGCUACCUAGGUAAUUGCAAAAUUUACCGUGCAUUGCUGGCAUGUACGAUCAAAGAUAGCUCUCUUACAAUCAAUUUUUUAUGAAAAAUAUCUGAUCAUAUGCCGGAACAAACACUACUAGUCAAAAUUGCGUGGUUUACUUGUUAGUUGAACUUAUGCAUGCUUAAACAUCAGAUCAGUAGUUGUGAAAUACCAAAUUAAAGACAGAAAAUAACACCGAAUACAGUCGAAUCUCAACUGAAACCGAAUAAUCAAAAAUAAUUUGGAACAUUUUUCGUAGGAACCUGAAAGUGAGAUAUGGAUCAAAUCAUGAAUAAUGCUAUUGGUUUGUGUACAAAUUAGUGCAUAUUAGUCGUAUCACACGUAAAUCUAAAGGAGCCGCUUAGCUUGUAACGCGACAAUUUAUACUUGCUAAUACAUAUUGUUAAAAUUGGAGAGAUAUGUUGAAACGAAUCUCGGAAAUUUACAGUGAUUGGUGUAUACAGUGUUGGUAAAAACUGCAAUCAAAAUCUAGCAAAAUUUCACGAAAGACGUGUUAUUACUCACUUAAUAUUUGCGCAACAAUAUAGACGUGCUAAUAACGUACCACGCAUCUUUGGAGAACAAAAUUAAAAAUGUCAAUCUAUUUUAUUUUGCGUAAUUUAGAUUUAGCAGAAACUAUAAGUUUCAAGUUAGAUUCCUUUGCAUGACAUCACUUGCAAUUAUUAGUCACCUGCAAAACAAACAUCACUCACUAAAGUAAUCUCUAUGGUGGUAGGAAAUAGUUUUAUAAGCAUUCAGUCACUAUAUGUCACACGUGUUGCAAUAAAUCAUGGAAUUGUCAACGCCUAAUGAAGAAAUAGGAAAGCAGUAGGAAAAGCUUUCUAUAUCGGUAGGAUUACCAACACUAUACAAAACAUAACAAUAAUUACCAGCUAAUAUAACUGUGCUGAACAUAAUCUCACAUGUAAAAUCUACGAAUACUCUCAUAAACAAGCUCUAGUUUCUCGAUAAUUUAGUACUCUUUAACAUUGCCAAAUUUUUCCUUUCCCUUUGAAACGAAAUUACUCGAACCCAGCUAUAAUACAUGGUAGCUAACUAUUUUAGAUGACUUUACAAGGCUAUCUUGCCCUACUAUGGUUACAACAUUCGACGUAGCGAUACCUUCAAAUCAGUAACAAUGUUAAAUAUAUAUUCAACAGAGUCUACAGAGAAAUUUAAUGUGAUAGAUAUAACUGUUAUAACAGAUACCUAAUGAUACGAAAAUACAAUUCACUUUGUCACUUUUAUGAAUGCUAGAGCGAAACAAUGUAAAUAUUUUAUUUUGAUGGAUGUUAUGGAACAUCUUUUCCUAUUGUACGCCAGAUCUGUCGACUGUAAAGCAACACCCGAUUUGAAACAUAAAAUUACGAUAAAAUCAAUGAGAAAAUAUUAACCCAAACAUACACUUCGGCACUCAUGUGUGUUCUUACAACCGCUUUAAUAUUGAUGCUGAAAAUUUUGCAAAAUUGGUUCCGCAUAGAAUAAUCAGCCGAAAAUAAACUAAACCCUUUGCAGCGGCAUUCAGUUCAGUUCAGAGUUAUCAAAAUACAGAUACUAAUCUUCAAGAUAUCGAUCGUACACUUAAAUUUGUUUGCUAUUAAUGUUUCCGUUUGGUACAUAAAGCAUUAAUAAAGCCCCA